CGUCUAGUGGGGACGCGAUUAACCCAACCAGCGACAAAAGCCGCGAAGGAUGCCAAACUCCCAACCAGCCGCCGCUUCUUCCUUUCUUCUACCUCCCCUCCCCCCUUGAUUCUCUCUCUCUCCCUCUCCUAGCUGCCUACACAGGCAAGAAGGCAGGCACAGCUAGAGAGACAUAGUAGGAGGAGGUACAGUAGAAGCAGAGGAGACGACCAUGGAGCCUGGCGGCGGGGGAGCGAGCGCGCCGGCGGAGGCCGGGCCGUCGUCGUCGUCGUCCUCGGCCGCGGCCGCAUCGUCGUCGAGCCGCCAGGCAGAGCAGGAAGGACCGCAGCAAGAAGAAGCACGAAGGCAACAGCCGCUACCGGAGCAGCCGGCAGCAGCAGGAGGAGGAGCAGGGGGGCAGGAAGCACCUGCGCAGGCUCAGCCUCUGGCGCAGCAGCCGCCACCGGCGGCAGCAGGGCUGAGCCGGUACGAGUCGCAGAAGCGGCGCGACUGGAACACGUUCCUUCAGUACCUGCGCAACCAUAAGCCGCCGCUGACGCUGCCGCGGUGCAGUGGCGCGCACGUCAUCGAGUUCCUCCGCUACCUCGACCAGUUCGGCAAGACCAGGGUGCACGCCGAGGGGUGCGCCUACUUCGGCCAGCCCAACCCGCCGGCGCCCUGCGCCUGCCCGCUCCGCCAGGCCUGGGGCAGCCUCGACGCGCUCAUCGGCCGCCUCCGCGCCGCGUACGAGGAGUCCGGCGGCCGCCCCGAGUCCAACCCGUUCGCGGCCCGGGCCGUGCGCAUCUACCUCCGCGAGGUGCGGGAGGCGCAGGCCAAGGCGCGCGGGAUCCCCUACGAGAAGAAGAAGCGCAAACGCGGGACCGGGGCCGCCCCUCCCGUGGCGCGGCCUCCUGUCGUCACCGCGGAGGCUGCAGGAACGUCAGGCGGCGGUGGCGAGGAAGAGGAGGACGAGGAACCGUCAAGGUCUGCUGAAGCACAACAGAUUGCGCCGGUAUCUUCGGCUUGUCCUCCACCUACAACUACUAGUGCGGGCGCUAGCAGUACUGCUACCGCUAGUGUCAGCAGUACCAGUGCUGUGGCUGCGGCGGCGGCCGCAACGAUGACGAUGACAACAAGAAAGGAAUCAGAAGGAUCCGGGCCGAGUUCGUGAUAAGUGUUGGUCCAUCACCUCCCAAUUCUAAUCCCACCUCAAUCUUAAUUUUUAGUUGCUCUUAUUAAUAUUAAUAUUACUGUUCUUGUUUGAUGGUAUAAGAGAGGUCGAAGAUGGGACUUGUAGAAUCAUGUUAGGAGUAAAUAUAUAAAAAGCAUGUCAAUUAACUUGAAGAAAAUUUAAGUUUGAAGAAUCAGAGAAAGAUAACUUUCUUUGCUCCAUCUAUCAGAUAUGAUAUCUGUCUUCCUAUGUAUUCUGGAUGCAUGCUCCAUCUUUUACUGUUUGCUGGUUUGAGUGCCAUAGGGUCACAUUGAUUUGAAUUUAUAGUCUUUUAGGUUCCUGCUUAACAAUUAAUCUUGAUUGUCUUAGUGCAGCCUGUGGUGACUCUUAUCCAUUAUUAUAUUCCCUUAGUUUUCCCUCCAUUUUUUUGGUCCCAUUCAUCACACAUUCACAUUUCUAUCUCAGAUAGCACUAUCUUUGCAGGGGAGAAAAAGGGUCCACACGUACAUAAUAUUUGAACAGUGGUAGUUGAACCUUCAGUAUUAUAGAGUUUUAUACAACAUUAGUUGUGAUGUCCUUGCAAAAGGAAAAAAUUAAUAGUUUUUGUUUUGACUUCACAGAGAAUGAUAAGCACCCUAACUAGUAGCUUAGUUUAAUGAUUUGAUUAACAAUUUUUCUGUUGCAAUGCCUUGUGUAUAUGUGAACAGAAAAGAAUGUAAGCGUACACCAAAAGUUGCACAUCACAUGACGGUAUCAAUACGAUAUAUCUGAUCAAUUAAAUGUGCAUCAUCACAUAAUCUUCUCAAGUCCAUAUAAUUGCUUCGCUCUUGUCAUCUUUUUUUCCAUGUGCAACGCCGUCCCUCUCCCUCUCGUCCUUUUCUUUCAGUUUCAUUCUAUUUUUGUGUUCUGGUGAUCUCAUCGUCGUCAUCUUUUUCGUUCUGGCCGGCUGCCAGUAUGAUGAUAUGAUAUGUCAUGUUGUCUUGAUAAUUUUCCUACCUGUAUUUGGAGUAUCUAUCACAAUGGCUCUCCAACGGUGCAUUAUUCAAGCUUACGUAGAUAAAGAGGGUUUUUUUUUGGAGAUUUUCUGUAUGUUAAAUACAGCCUGAGUACUUUUAUGAAUUAUUUUUCUAAUAUAGAGAAAAAGAAGUGUCAUUAUGGAAAAUUUGAGGCAGCAACUUAAAUUAGAAGACUGUUAGCAUAAGAUAUAGUCCUUGCAUAUGUACAUAACUAAAUCUUUAUAACUAAAUAUGUUCAUAAAUACUUUUACCAGUCAUGGCAAAACUGUAUAAGUAGGUUCUUGUCUUGAAAAAUAUUUUUAUGCAGUACUAUCAUUUUUAUGCUUCACAAAUAAAGUUCAACAGAAAUUUGUAAUUUAACUUGAUGUGUCUUGCAAACUUUAUCAAUGCCCAAACUGAAAGACACUAUUUUGUGAGUAGAGAUGGUAUUUUUUUUUAACUUAUUGGGAUUCUCAAUUUUUUUUCUGAAAGAUGUUAUUAGACUAAUUUCUUUAGUAUUUUAGAAAAAACCGAUAAGUUCUUUUUUAUUAAACAUGACGUCUAGUAACACAAGUGACUUCAAAAGGUAGAGUUUUAAUUUUGGUCUUCUGUAACUGAUUACUAUAUAAUGUUGUAUGCUCUUUGCUAUUUUAAUUUUCCUGAGAGGAUUAGUAGGGUACGAUGGGCAUCCAUCUUGAGAUGUGCAUACAUAUGCAUGCAUUUCGAUGAUCAAUAAUGCUCAUCAAAUGUGCAGGCAACUGAUUAGGUUGUUAAAGGGUUCUACUUGUUCUUGGGAAUUCUCAUGCAUGCGUGCAUCUAUACAUAUAUAGUUAUUUGUGUAUUUAUUUUUUCUCUUUCUUUAUUGCCCUCAUUCUUGUUCACAGGUCUGCAUGGAAUUUACUGACAAUCAUAUAGACGUACAGUACUCCCUCAGCACGUCAAUAAUAGGUUCAAUUUAGGAUAUGUUUGUGAGAGCUUUCAAACCAGCUCAUAUAGUGGAAUUAAUGGGAGUUCUAUCAAAUAACAAUUUGUAAUUUUCAGCUUAUAGAGUGAUUCUAUACGAAUGAUUCUCUUAAGUAAACUAGAUGUUGGGAGCUGAAAAAAUAACUUUUUCUAAUUUACUUCUCCCACAAAAUCACUUCUUCUAUAGAGUUUGCCAUAGAGAAUCACUUUCAGUCAUAUAAUCAUAAUAUAUGAAAAAUAGACAAAAGAGACACGAUUUAGUGACGGUUCAUAUAUGACCCGUCAAUUAUAUAGCCUCAGGUCGGGACCGGAUAUAGACCGAUCACUGAUUAUAGGUCAUAGGUGAUGGGUUAUAAUACUGCCCAUCACUUAUGAUAUAGGUGAUGUGUUAUGACUAUACCUGUCACUGUGACGGAUCUCCCUGUAUCAGUCAUAAGUGACGGAUCAUAUUACAACCCGUCACAUAUAACACUACGUGAAAAACGGAUAAAGGAGACACAUAUAAGUGACAGUUUAUUACAUGACCUAUCAUUUAUGUCGCCUCAGAUCGGGACCUGGUAUUUACCCGUCACAGAUAACAGCUAAUAGGUGACGUGUUAUAAUAUUAGUGACAGAUAAUGAAUAAACCCAUCACUUAUGACUUGGUCAUAAGUGAUAGGUCUCCCUAUACCAGUCAUAAGUGAUGAGUCAUAUUACAACCCGUCACUUAUGACUUGGCAAAGGUGAUGGGUCCCCCUGGGUUAGUCAUAAGUGA